UAUUUGGAAUCUUGAUGUCAUAUUGACGUUCUUUUUUGUUACGACACAAUAAACAGCUGAUGGGAUACCGUGUUCGUUCCAUGUUAAAUUAUUUCUGAUAAAAUGAGCCUCUUAAAAAAGUGCGCGCAGCAGCUGUUGGAAAAGACAAACUUGAGCUCACAAACGAUUGCAGCGACCACUUCUGCAUUCCAUACCAGUCCAGUAUGCAAUCGCGUGCAAGCCGGUCGCUAUCGUGUCACGACAAAGCGCAACCGUGCACUUACUUAUGAAAUGGCAAAUCCACCUCAUUACAUAGCGCAUCGUAAAGCUUGGAAUUCAUGGAACACAUCAACAAUGUUGGAUGGACUACGCUCUUCGCAGACUGCUAUUGAAGAUUUAUUUAUGCGUAAAUUUAUGACUGGUACUUGGCAUGCGCUUAUUGUUUCCGAGGUGAUAAUUAAGCGACAGCACAAUAUGAUAAGGAUUUCUGCUAUUGUCCGCCAAGCCAUAAGCCCGAGAAAGAUGUACUUCCUUAUUGGUUACACUGAAGAGCUUUUAUCUUAUUGGUUGCAGUGUCCCGUCACAUUGGAGUUGCAAACAGUGGCGGACAAAAAUGAUGUUAUAUUCAAGUAUAUUUAAGUUAAUUUGAGAUGUUCAUUCAAAGAGAUGUAUUAACAAAAUAAAGCGCAGUCUUAACGAUAUCUCUUUAUCAGUGUACUGUAA